ACUUUCCGACUGACACAUGCAGUGUAUGCGUCAUACGCACACAUUCGAUAGUGGAUAGUGGCGUAGUGACGAUAAGGGUGAUCCGAUAGAGGCCGAUAGUCGAUGUUGAAUCGCACGUUUUGUGUGAGAUGUUCGCGAAUUCUUCUGGUGCGACGAGAAAACGUUCACGAGCAUGUCGAAAUUGGGCACAUACGAGCUCACGCAUCCGGAGUCGUUGUCAGAGCAUCAACUCCGUGAGAUUUUGAAGAAUAGUUGCAUUGAGGUUCUUAAUUUUGAGAAACUAUGUAAAAGCGAAUUAUUAGAGAUGUAUAAACGAGUUGCCAUGCCUUUACCACAACGACAAUGUGGAAGGGCCAAGAAUUUGGGUACAGAGAUAAAUGUGGUAUCAGACAAAUCUGUUAUAGCUAUAAGUAACAAUACGCAUAGCUUAACUGCAGAUUUAAACAAAGGAAAUAAAAGGACAUGCCAAUUGUCUCAGGCAGACAGAUUAAAGUUUUCUGUUAAUGAUCCAAAAUCAAUGCAUAAGAAAAUUCGAGUAUGUUCUAUGCCAAAAGUAGAAACUACUUGCAAUGGAAUUAGUAAACGUAGAUGUGAUGAGCAAAAUGAGGAAUCAUUAAUGAAAAAACGUCAGAAGAUUACAUGGCCAUAGAUGAUUAGAAAAAAUAUAAUCCCUUUCUUUUUAUUUGUUAUUAGAAAUUAAAUUUUAAGGAGCUGUAUGUUAGCAGAAUUUUGAAAUGACUGUAUGAAGAAUGUAUGAGAAAAGUGUAUAUAUGAUGGUAAAUGUUGUUUAUAAAAUAUUCUUGUAAAGAAUUAUUUAAGAUGUUGAAUCGUAAUUUUAAUUGGGAAUUGUAAUUAAUAGAAGUGAUUAAUCUUACUGAUAAUUUUAUCAUAUUUUUUAAUUAUUUAAUAUUUUAAUAACAUUAAAUGACAAUGUUGUGAUUUUGUGCAAAGAGUUUGACAUUGUGCAUAUGUGAUGAUAUGCGCACUCAUCCAGACAAAUAACAUGAACAAAUAGCUAAUAGUGUAUGAAUUUCGUGAAAUUUAGCUGUAACAAACAUUCUACAUUUAUACAAUUUUUAUAGAAGAAAUUAAAUCAUCUUUUGUGACAAAUUAUAGUAUUAUUAGAUUUGGUAGCAGAUAAUAAAUAAUAAUAAAUUUUACAUACAGCAGGUUAUAUAUAUUACAAUAUAUAUAUUUGCAUCAAUGUACUUUCUUCUCAAUUGACCAAUUAGACACACAAAGAUUUUAUGUAAUUUUAUGUAAUUAAGAUAAUUUUAUUUUCUUGCAAUAUAGAUAAAUAGAAUAUACAUUAAAUAAUGAUAAGUUUACUUAUAAAAAGUAUUUGUAAUACCGAUUGCUUAUAUACAUCAUAUGUAUGUGCAUUAUGACGAAAAUAUCAUCAUUUGUAAAUGGAAAAUUUAUUAUUGGAUCGAUUGUUUGUGUUCCACAAAUUUAUAUGUGAUAUUUCUGUGCGAAUAAUGCACGAAUGUAUCGCGUUUAUAUCAAUAAACAAUACAUCAGUUAUAAACAA